CUUAUAAAUCGAAAUCCCUGCACUUGAACGCCUCGUGCAAGAAUCGCCCUGCUUCUCGAUCGCUCGUUUUUCGUCAAAUCACAACUUCCAGCCCUCAUCGAUUCGGCCAGUCCGAGUCAUCCGUCGAAGCAACCAGAUCGCCCAAGAUGCCUGGUGGAGGAGUAGUCAUUGACGCAUUCAAGAACCUUAUUCGUCACGGCAAGAACGCCCAACCAUCUUCCGCCCCUGCUCCUGCUCAACCUACCAACGCCUCGACGUCAGGUCAUCACUCUCGUCAACAACAAGAAUACGCUCAGGCUCAGCAUCAGCAAGCACAGCAGCAACAACAGGCGGGAUACGGAGGCGGCGGUGUGCAAGGGUACAGCGGACAGAACCGACAACAAGCUCAAGCUAUGAACGACAAUCUGCAAGCUCCCUCGCACCAAGGGAGUCAGCAGCACAGCCAGGUACCUCUCGCAUCACCCGACUACCAACGGGAGGCUCAGCAGAUUGUUAGGGAGGAAAGGGAACAGAGGGAGAAGAUGCCCAAUUACCCCGGUUUGGAAGGUUUCAAGCUCGUCGAGAAAAUGGGAGACGGUGCCUUCUCUAAUGUAUACAAAGCCAUCGACAGGACCAGUGGGCAGAAGGUUGCCGUCAAGGUCGUCAGGAAGUACGAGCUCAACGCCACUCAAUCCGGCAACAAGCACUUGAACCCCAACUUCAAGAAGAGGCCCAGAGUUACGGAGCGCGCCAACAUUCUCAAAGAGGUCCAAAUUAUGCGAGGGACGAACCACCCGAACAUCAUCAAGUUGAUCAGCUUUAGCGAGAGCGACGAGCACUACUUCUUGGUCCUCGAGCUAAUGGAGGGAGGAGAGCUCUUCCAUCAAAUCGUCAAGUUGACCUAUUUCAGCGAAGAACUUUCGAGACACGUCAUCAUGCAGGUGGCUGACGGUAUUCGGUACCUUCACGAGGUACGAGGAGUGGUUCAUCGUGACAUCAAGCCCGAGAACUUGCUCUUCGAGCGAAUUCCCAUCGUCCCGUCAAAGCACCCCAUCCAGCGACCUUACGAUGAGGAGAAAGAGGACGAGGGUCAAUUCGUUCACGGUCGAGGCGGUGGUGGAAUUGGACUCGUCAAGAUUGCCGACUUCGGUCUCUCCAAGAUCGUCUGGGACGAAGUUACUCAAACUCCUUGUGGUACUGUCGGAUACACUGCGCCUGAAAUCGUCAAGGAUGAGAGGUACUCGAAAUCGGUCGACAUGUGGGCUCUCGGAUGUGUCCUUUAUACUUUGCUCUGUGGUUUCCCUCCCUUCUACGACGAGAGUAUCAGCGUCUUGACCGAAAAGGUAGCUCGCGGUUACUACACCUUCCUGAGCCCUUGGUGGGACGAUAUCUCGCAUUCGGCCAAGGAUCUCAUCACCCACUUGCUUUGCGUCGACCCGAACCAGCGUUACACUAUCGAUGAGUUCCUAGCUCACCCUUGGUGCAACGAGAAGCCUACCGGAGCCGGUACCGCUCCUCCCAGAUCGCACCCGCCCACCACCGCUUCGAACAUUCCUAUCGACUCGCCUCUACUUGCUUCUGUUCGUGCUGGUAACCGUGAGGGACGAUCUCCCGGUGUAAGCGCAUUGAAGGAAGCAUUCGAUGUCACCUAUGCCGUACACCGAAUGGAGGAGGAAGGCGGACACAGGCGGGGUGUCGGGGCCAACGUGCCCGGAGGAGCCGGACGAGGGUUCAUGCAAGAACUCAACGAGGAGGACGAGGAUGUGGACGAAGACGCCCAGAUCGAGCACGCUCGAAGGAAGCAUGGCGAAGUAGUGGCUAAAACGAUCAACGAACACCGAGAACGCGCCAAGGCCCAGGCGGCGUCUGGAGUCAACGCGGCACCGUCAUCGAAACACUACCAGGGACGUGGUGGAGCAGAUCGACGACAAGCCGAAGCGGCUCUUUACGAUGGGCGUGCCGGUCAGCGAGACCGUGGUCGGGGCAGUGGAGGCAACAAGGCAACCUUUGACCUCAAUAUGGAUGCAGCGACUCUGCUCGGUCGAAGGAAGAAGCCUAUCGGAGAGUCUCCAUUGGCCAAGCAGGUGGUGACUCACAGCACUCCCGCUAGUCCCAUGCACUACUAAGCGGCGCCACGACCUUCCAUACACACACCCUUCUCGUUGGGCAACAUCAUCCUUUUUUCA